AUGGAUGUGUGGAAUGGCACAAACCCCUCUUACUUUGUUCUAUUAGGACUGACCGAUGAUCCUACACUUCAGCUCUUUCUUUUUGUUUUAUUUUUAGUGUUUUAUGUAAUCACGUUUCUGGCUAAUAUUGGCAUCAUGGUGACCAUCAGGGCAGAUUCUCAUCUCCAUACUCCAAUGUACUUCUUCAUAAAUAACCUUUCUUUUUUGGACCUUUGUUACUCCACUAUCAUAACUCCAAAGACUUUAGCCACUUUCCUCUCUGUGACAAAGAGAAUUACUUUUGUCGAGUGUUUAAUGCAAAUGUAUUUGUUUGGAGCGUCAGUUAGCCUGGAGUGUUUCUUGCUGGGGAUAAUGGCUUAUGAUCGAUAUGUUGCCAUCUGCAAUCCAUUGUUGUACAUGAUGAUAAUGAAGAAGAGGUUCUGUAGGCAACUUGUGGGAUUUGCCUAUCUCGGGGGCUACCUUAAUGCUACCAUUCACACAUCAUGCACUUUUCAGCUUCCGUUCUGCAAAACUAACAAAAUAGACCAUUACUACUGUGAUGUCCCUCCUCUUUUAAAGCUCUCAUGCAUUGAUACAACAAUGAAUGAACUCGUGAUGUUCAUCUUUGGAGGUAUUGCUGAAAUGAGCUCUCUCACAAUUAUCAUAGUAUCUUACAGCUACAUUAUUUCUGCUAUAUGGAAGAUUCACUCUCAACAGGGCAGAAAGAAGGCAUUUUCUACCUGUACAUCUCACCUUGUUACAGUCAGCAUAUUCUACAGUACCAUAGUCUUCAUGUACCUACGACCAUCUUCUAGCUACGCCAUGAGCCAAGACAGGAUUGCUUCUGUGUUCUACACUGUUAUUAUUCCUAUGCUGAACCCAUUAAUCUAUAGUUUAAGAAACAAAGAAGUCACCAGGGCAUUUGUGAAAAUUAAGAAAACAUUUAUACCUAACUUAUUAUGGUAUGCACGCACUUGA